AUGCCUCGCCCGAAACGGUCGCGCGUUGGUGCGACGCGCCCGACGAGAGCCCCCUCUCCAGCACCCGAUGGUCAAGCCGCGGAAAAGGCGCCCACGGUUGCGCCAGCCGAAGUUCCGGGAAGCGAUAUCUAUGAUGUUAGCGACCGCGAGAAGGAGCGCAUAAACCAACGAGUCGCCCAAGCCGCCAAGGCUGGCUCGCAUUCCCGUCGCACCCGCGCCUCUGAGCAUCUGAAUCUGAAUUCGGAACAGGCGAAGGCGUUGGAGGACUCAAGACGUAGGCGCGACGACGCCAUGGACAGGCUGGACGACCUCACCUCAACGUCCCGGCCAAACCGCUCCGACAGCCCAGAUAUAGAACACAGUCGAAGGGAGUCGGUGUCUGAGCCGCAACGUCGGUUGACCGACGCGUCGGGGCUUGAUCUGGACGACGAUAUCUUUGCCAACCUCGACGAUAGCUUGGACGACACGGCAAACUCGUUUGAAGAGACACGAACGGGCUACCGCUCGGCCGACACCUCGUCGAUCAAUGUUGCCAUGUUCAAACGUCGACCUAGGCAGUCGAGCGUCGCGGGAAGGGAUGACGCCCCGAUCCGGCCGAGCAGCAGGGGGCAGAACACGCCGAGCAUCAGCACCACCCUCAAUUUCAGUAAUUUCAAGCGUCGAGCGCGCGAGCCCAGCAUUCUCGGCACGGGACGUAAGCCUCGCAGGGCAAGGUCUCAAUCAGUCGCCUCCCAGGCCUCACGGAACCCCAGCAUUACCACGGCCGAUUUGACAUCGCUCCUCCCUCGCCGCCGGCACAAGGAAUCAAACCGCAGGACUGGCGGCGACGAUCCGUUCGACCCGGACGCGUCGGACGACGACCGCUACGUCGCGGCAAGCAACGGCGAGGACGACGUCUCGUACGUCGACUCGCGGGCCGCGGCGCGGAGGAGGAAGGGCCAGAUGGCUCUCGGCCGGUCGACCGCCAACCGCAGGGCGGCGAAGGCGGCCACCAAACCCGGCAACGCCGGCGGCAAGGGGCGCGCCAUCAGGACGUACGGGGCGGCGAACGAGGACAAGGAGAACGAGGAGAUCCAGGACGAGAUCGUGGUUGCGAGCGGGGACGAACAUGGCGGUGGGGAGGACGAGCAGGACGACGCGCUCCCCGAGGAGGAGACGACCCGGAUGAUGGCGGAGCGGCUUGGCGAGGAGCUGCAAAAAGCGGCAAAGAAGUUCAAGGAGGUAGAUAAGUGGGAGCUCUCGUUCGAGGAGGUCACGCAUAGUUCAUCGCCUGGGCCGGAUGCUCGGUGA